CUGCCUCUCACAAGGAUCUACUACCGGUUUGUGGAUCUGCUGUGGACUGUGAUGCAACCAGCUGUAAGGAUAUUUUCUCAACUUCCCAACAAGUUUUGCCGUUUCAGUCAGAAAAAUCACACCUCGAACGAGAGUGUGGAUUAAAGCUGUAGGAUUUGUUGUUCGCUUCUAUGUUUCCGUUGAAUCGGUCGGACAGUAAUGCUGUCAUUUCUCCCUUAGCUUGUUAACGUUAGCAACUCCAUUUGUAGAUGGAAGCUAGCACGCGUUGUUUUUUUGUUUGAUUUCGCUCGUUUUUUAAGAGUAAUCCUCGUUAAACUCAGUCUCCCGUCGUCUCCUCUUUGCUAGUGUUAUACCCCCAUCCGCUGGGCCUCCAUAUGUACUUAUUUUGAAGAGCUGGGUGCCAGUGGAGUCACCCCACCUGUACCGUCCUGUUGAGUGGAUCUAUCUGUAAAUGGCCACCGCCGCCGCCCCUCCAACCCCUGGCCCUACCGCGGCCACUGAAAACCCAGGUCCCGGAUCCAGCAGCUCGACUGCGGCCGACAGUGGCAACCAGGACAGCACGUUUGAGUGCAACAUAUGUCUCGACACCGCCAAGGAUGCAGUGAUCAGCCUGUGUGGACACCUCUUCUGCUGGCCUUGCUUGCACCAGUGGUUGGAGACCAGACCAAACAGACAAGUGUGUCCAGUGUGUAAAGCUGGCAUCAGCCGAGACAAAGUCAUCCCCUUAUAUGGGCGAGGAAGCACAGGUCAACAAGACCCCAGAGAAAGAACACCCCCUCGACCACAGGGGCAAAGGCCUGAGCCAGAAAACCGUGGUGGCUUUCAAGGGUUUGGCUUCGGAGAUGGUGGUUUCCAAAUGUCGUUUGGAAUCGGCGCUUUUCCAUUUGGUAUUUUUGCUACAGCUUUUAACAUCAAUGAUGGAAGACCUCCUCCAGCUCCUGGGACACCCCAGCACAUGGACGAACAGUUUCUGUCUCGACUCUUCCUGUUUGUUGCCCUGGUGAUUAUGUUUUGGCUGCUGAUUGCAUAAAAGCGUGGAAAUCACGGUUCACACCUAUGUGAUUCUGCCUUCAAACAUG